CUGGUUCCUCAGCACGUCGGGAUUUUGGAGACGUGAACGCUCCUUUCCACUGAGAAAGUGCUAAAACAACAACUCUUAGACAAGUUGGUGCGGAGCACACAUCAACAUUUAUUCAGUCGCCGUCAGAGGAGCCAGCAUGUGACAAAAGCGUGUCAGUUCAGAAAGGAUAUGAAACCUGGGGGGGAUUCUCGGGAAACAGAUGCCUGUUACAUAAGCGGCUUGUUUACUCGUGAGGAUCCCAGCUUCCUUCCACACGGUCAUCUGUUCGUCUGUAGCGUCGUGUCAGAGGAAAUCGGACAGGACGCCCAGGGCACCACGCGGUGCCCACUUUCUCCGUUCAGGGCCCUACGGCGGCACCUUUGGCAGCUCCUGGGCUCUGCGGUCGUGCCACGGAAAGUAGCCGGGGCCGAUACGAUGCACCUGAAAUUUGAGUUUCUUGUAACUUUCACGUGUCACAAAAUAGCCUUUUUUUUUCCAAUCCACUUAAAAUGUAAGAACCAUUCUUAAUCUCUAGGCUGUGGACCGGACCUGGCCUGCAGGCCGUCGCAUGUGGCCCCGGCGCACAGAUGCACCGCGGAAGAGCCGGGCAUCGAAGCGCACGCGGCGGCGGACACAGGUCACCAGGGAUACGUGCUGCUCGCCCUGCUGGGGUCAGCUAGCACGGAUGUGGACAGUGUUCCCGGGUCAGCAGCACCUCCCCAGCGACGGUUCUGCUCUUAGACGUUUCAUCAAAUGGCUAGUAAACGCACGGAAUGCAAAAUCUGUACAAUUCUUAGUUUUGGAACAUUUUGGGGAGCACAUGUUUUUUCUGCUUCUUUGACAAACGAGGUACUUCUCACUCUUGCUGUGUGGCCUUGGGCAGGUCCCCUCGCCCUCCUGGGCCUCCAUUUUCCGUCCUUUGAAGAUCAGAGUAGUACCUUCUCACACAAUUCUUGUGGGGAAAAUGCCCUUUGCACAGUGACGGGCACUUGAGGGCCUGAGGAAAACCUAAGCACAGGAGCUCACAGGGUCCCCAGGUGCCCACUUGACCCUGACCCCCAGAAGCCCAGCUCCCUUCUGAUGGAAGCAGGGAGGUGAGUCCUAUACCCACUUCCUCCAGGAAAACUGCCCCAAGGAGCCCCCCAGACCCCUCCUGGGGCUGGUGAGACCAGCCCUUCCCUUGAGAGUGGGUGGGGCAUCGGGCCCCAGAGGAGAGACAGAGGGACCCUGGGGGAAAGGCUGCCCUUGGUCUCCCUCUGACUUCUUCCCCCAGGGGCCUUCAUGCUCUUGUGUUGAGGGCGGCCCUGGAGGGUCUUUCGUGGGCGAGAAGAGCCAGGCCUCCAGCCAACCAGGGUAGAGAAGGAAAAAUCCCAGGUUUCUCUAUGAUUGGAUUCAGGCUUUGUUUGUUAUUCAAAACUGUUAAGCACCUGCUGUGCUGGAGGUACAGCAUCGAGAGAGAGGCUUGGCUGCCCUCACGGGGUGUACACUUCAGACAAGACUGAUAAACACACAGGCAGACGCUGUGUGCAGUCCUGUGCCAUUGCACUUCCAAGAAUCUCACGUGUGUGAACUUGUGUGAACCUCGCAGCCACCUUUGAGAGAUGGAAGUAACUUGCUGAAUCUCACAGUGGUCGGUGCCUGCGUCAGGAUUCAUCUCAGGCAGGCUCCCCCAAGCUCACGCCCUGCCGCACCGCCGCAAGAUGCAGGCCUGGCCCGGCGGAGCCCAGAUGCACAGCUUCCCUGCCUGCCGUGGGACCCACUGCUCUCUCGGCAUUCCAGGAAGUGACAGGACCUGCUCCCUGUGGAAGGCCCUUCUCCUGUUUAUAUUCAUGAUGGAGCUGGAAAAGAGAGCCAGAGAGAGACAGCCAGGCAGAGGGGGCCCCAUUUGCACAAGAGGAUGUGUGAUUUUCCUCCAGCUGACAGCACUCCAAGGAGGCACGCCCGUGGACCAUCUCGCUGAUACCAGGGGAGCUGCCAGCCAGAAAUCUCUAGCUGCAGCCUGGCCAGGAGCGGGUCCACCUCUGUGGCUGGUCCUCCCCACACCCAGGAGCAUCUUCUGAGGAUCCGCGGCUGGCUGCCCCAAGGGCCUGAAGCUCACGUCUGGCAGCUCUACCACCCCUGCCACAGGGAGCGUGGGUGUGGAAUCACGACCCGUGUCCUUUGAUCUGGAGACUGCCCUGGUUGGGUGUGCAGAGCACUUGGAGUGAUUGCCUGCGAGAGUCACCAACUCUACACGAAGGAACCAUGGACACAAUCAGCGAGGUGGUGCAGCGGGCCAGAGCCGCCUUCAACGCGGGCAAGACGCGCCCGCUCCAGUGCCGCGUCCAGCAGCUGGAGGGGCUGCGGCGCCUGAUCCGCGAGCGCGAGAAGGACCUCGUGGGCGCGCUGGCCGCCGACCUCCGCAAGAACGAAUGGACCGCCUACUACGAGGAGAUCGUGUACGUCCUGGAGGAGAUCGACUACGUGAUCAAGAAACUCCCUGAGUGGGCUGCGGACGAGCCCGUGGAGAAGACGCCCCAGACCCAGCAGGAUGAGUCCUACAUCCACUCAGAGCCCCUGGGUGUGGUUCUCAUCAUCGGCACCUGGAACUACCCCUUCAGCCUCACCAUCCAGCCCAUGGUGGGCGCCAUUGCUGCAGGGAACGCGGUGGUCCUCAAGCCGUCGGAGCUGAGUGAGAACACAGCGAGCCUGCUGGCCACCAUCCUCCCCCAGUACCUGGACAAGGAUCUGUACCCGGUGAUCAGUGGGGGUGUCCCCGAAACCACGGAGGUGCUCAAGGAGAGAUUUGACCACAUCCUGUACAUCGGGAGCCCCGGGGUGGGCAGGAUCGUCAUGAUGGCUGCGGCCAAGCACCUGACCCCCGUCACGCUGGGGCUGGGGGGCAAAAACCCCUGCUACGUGGACAAGGACUGUGACCUGGACGUCGCCUGCAGACGCAUCGCCUGGGGGAAAUUCAUGAACAGCGGCCAGGGGUGCGUGGCCCCCGAUUACAUCCUGUGUGACCCCUCGAUCCAGAACCAAGUCGUGGAGAAGCUCACAAAGUCCCUGAAGGAGUUCUACGGGGAGGAUGCCAAGAAGUCCCGCGACUACGGGAGAAUCAUCAACUCCCUACACUUCCAGAGGGUGAUGGGCCUGAUGGAAGGCCAGAAGGUGGCCUACGGGGGCACCGGGGAUGCGACCAGCCGGUACAUAGCCCCCACCAUCCUCGUGGACGUGGACCCCCAGUCCCCGGUGAUGCAGGAGGAGGUCUUAGGGCCCAUAAUGCCCAUCGUAUGCGUGCGCGGCCUGGAGGAAGCCAUCCAGUUCAUCAGCCAGCGCGAGAAGCCCCUGGCCCUCUAUGUGUUCUCCCUAAACGACAAGGUGAUUAAGAAGAUGAUCGCGGAGACUUCUAGUGGCGGGGUGACGGCCAACGACGUCAUCGUCCACACGACCGUGCCCUCGCUGCCCUACGGGGGCGUGGGGGGCAGCGGCAUGGGGUCCUACCAUGGCAAGAAGAGCUUCGAGACCUUCUCCCACCGCCGCUCUUGCCUGGUGAGGCCUCUGCUGAAUGAGGAGGCCCUCAGAGCCAGAUACCCCCCGAGCCCGGCCAAGAUGCCCCGUCACUGAAGCUGCCCUGGCCUCGCUGUGCUGCGCCCUUGGACGGCUGCUCCUGGCACCCCUCUUGCUCCGAGGGCAUCCUCGCCUCCCUCUCUAGAGUAGAGACCAAUAAAGUUUCCCAGCAGCCCAGGA